GAAGGUGUUUCUCUUACUCCUGAGUCCAGACACCUCUCUCUGUUCCGUCUAAGCUUGUUUUGCUGGACACUUUUUUGAAAAAGGCAAAGAAAAGGAGUUGCUUGAUGUGAAAGUGAAAUGGACGUAAGAUUUUAUCCACCUCCAGCCCAGCCCGCCGCUGCGCCCGACGCUCCCUGUCUGGGACCUUCUCCCUGCCUGGACCCCUACUAUUGCAACAAGUUUGACGGUGAGAACAUGUAUAUGAGCAUGACAGAGCCGAGCCAGGACUAUGUGCCAGCCAGCCAGUCCUACCCUGGUCCAAGCCUGGAAAGCGAAGACUUUAACAUUCCACCCAUCACUCCUCCUUCCCUCCCCGACCACUCGCUGGUGCACCUGAAUGAGGUCGAACCUGGUUACCACUCUCUGUGUCACCCAAUGAACCAUAAUGGCCUGCUACCGUUUCAUCCACAAAACAUGGACCUACCUGAAAUCACCGUCUCCAAUAUGCUGGGCCAGGACGGAGCACUGCUUCCCAACUCCAUUUCUGUGAUGCAAGAUAUACGGAGCCCAGAAGGAAGCCAGUAUAGCUCCCGUCCUCCGAUGGUGGCCAUGAGACCGAGGGGUCAGCCUGCAGAGCUCAGGCAGCAACCAGCCAUGAUGCAGCACGGCCAGCUGACCACCAUCAACCAGUCACAGCUCAGUGCGCAGCUUGGAUUGAACAUGGGGGGAAGCAGUGUCCCCCACAGCUCGCCGUCUCCUCCCGGAAGCAAGUCUGCAACUCCUUCACCGUCCAGCUCAGUGCAUGAGGACGAAGGCGAUGAUACCUCUAAGGUCAAUGGUGGAGAGAAGCGACCUGCCUCUGACAUGGGGAAAAAACCAAAAACCCCCAAAAAGAAGAAGAAGAAGGACCCUAAUGAGCCCCAGAAACCUGUGUCUGCUUAUGCGUUAUUCUUUCGUGAUACUCAGGCUGCCAUCAAGGGCCAAAAUCCAAACGCUACCUUUGGUGAAGUCUCUAAAAUUGUGGCUUCAAUGUGGGAUGGUUUAGGAGAAGAGCAAAAACAGGUCUAUAAAAAGAAAACAGAGGCUGCAAAGAAGGAGUACCUGAAGCAACUAGCAGCAUACAGAGCCAGCCUGGUAUCCAAGAGCUACAGCGAACCUGUUGACGUGAAGACAUCUCAGCCUCCGCAGCUGAUCAAUUCAAAGCCGCCGUCAGUGUUCCCUGGGCCCAGCCAGGCCCACUCAGCUCUGUACCUAAGUUCUCACUAUCACCAACAACCAGGAAUGAACCCUCACCUAACCACCAUGCAUCCCAGUCUCCCCAGGAGCAUAGCCCCCAAGGCCAAUAACCAAAUGCCAGUGACUGUCUCUAUAGCAAACAUGGCCGUGUCCCCCCCUCCUCCCUUGCAGAUCAGCCCACCUCUUCACCAGCAUCUCAACAUGCAGCAGCCCCUUGGGACCCAGCUCCCCAUGCAGGUCCAGCCCGCCUUACACUCCCCCACCAUGCAGCAGGGAUUUAAUCUUCCACCCGACUAUCAGACUAUAAUCAAUCCUACGUCUACAGCUGCACAAGUGGUCACCCAGGCCAUGGAGUAUGUGCGCUCUGGGUGCAGAAAUCCUCCCGCCCAGCCCGUGGAAUGGAAUGACUACUGCAGUAGUGGGGGCAUGCAGAGGGACAAAGCACUGUACCUUACCUGAAAAUCCGAACACCUCUUCUUUCCACUGAGGCAUUCAGGGAAGUCUUUUCACCGUGGAUUGCUUUGUAUAGUCAAGGCAGUUCUCCAUUUUAUUAGAAAAAUACAAGUUGCUAAGCACUUAGGACCAUUUGAGCUUGUGGGUCACCCACUCUGGAAGAAAUAGUCAUGCUUCUUUAUUAUUUUUUUAAUCCUUUAUGGACAUUGUUUUUCUUCUUCCCUGAAGGAAAUUUGGACCAUUCAGAUUUUAUGUUGGUUUUUUGCUGUGAAGUGCUGCGCUAUAGUAACUGCCUUAGCAACUAUAGAUGUCUUGGAUAAAAGUCCUGGAUUUUCCAUUGGUUUUCAUAAUGGGUGUUUAUAUGAAACUACUAAAGACUUUUUAAAUGGCUUGAUGUAGCAGUCAUAGCAAGUUUGUAAAUAGCAUCUAUGUCACACUCUCCUAGAGUAUAAAAUGUGAAUGUUUUUGUAGCUAAAUUGUGAUUUGAAACUGGCUCAUUCCAGUUUAUUGAUUUCACAAUAGGGGUUAAAUUGGCAAACAUUCAUAUUUUUACUUCAUUUUUAAAACAACUGACUAAUAGUUCUAUAUUUUCAAAAUAUUUCAAAAAAAACCGU